ACAAGUGUUGGUCUGCAUGAUUUAACCAGUGGCUCCGGAGGAGAAUGAUUAGAAUUUUGUGCAAAUUGUAAAGGGAAGCAGAGAAAACAAUUUACAAUUUUGCAAUUAACCCUAUAGAACAGAACAUUCCUGAGAUUGUGGAACAGCAAAUCUGAUGGUUUCCAGAAAGAAAAACAAUCUAACAGCCUAAACUGAUUACGGGCGUAAUGGCAGAGCACGAUUUCAACAAUAUCUCCCGUAUUAUCUACACUAAUGCUGAAAUACAAAAACAAGACCAUCUAACUAGAAAGUGUGGCAAUUUCAGCUUGAAUGAUGGCAGUCUCCGGGUCCCGUUGGCAGUCUUCUACUUGCUCAUCUUCCUGUUUGGCUUAGUUGGCAACCUGCUAGCCCUCUGGGUGUUCCUGCGACUACACUCCAAGAAGAAUUCAGUACGCGUUUUCCUCAUUAACCUGGCUUUGGCGGAUUUGGUCCUCAUGAUCUGCCUGCCCUUCCGUGUGGCUUACCAUGCCAACCAUGACAUCUGGAGCUUACAUCCUGUGCUCUGCAGGGUAGUGGGCAAUGUUUUCUACAUGAACAUGUAUUUAAGCAUUUUUCUGCUGGGGCUUAUUAGUAUAGAUCGCUAUGUUAAACUGCAGGGGGUCUCUGACAGGCGGAGGUUCCUCAGCAGAAAGCAGAGCUUUCUCACAUGUUGUCUCCUCUGGGUAGUGGCUACUGUCAGCAUAAUACCUAUGAUUGCCACGGGUGGAGAUCGUACAAUACCUAAUAUGUGUUUCCAGUACAAACACCUGCUCAAUGCCAAAUGGAAGGCCUACAUGAACAUUGUUGUUGUGAUUCUUUUCUGGGUGGUCUAUGGCAUUCUGGUAACCUCUUAUGGGAAGAUAGCAAUGGGGCUGCUUCAGGUCUCUGAGGAGAGGCCAGACUUUCCAAAUGCGGCCAAGUAUGUCAGAACCGCUCGGAAGUCCUUCUUUGUCCUCUUUCUCUUCAGCUUGUGCUUUGUACCCUAUCACUUGGUGAGGAUCUUCUACAUCUACUCACAGAUCACAGACGUUUCUUGUGAGUGGAUUCAGUUAGUGGACAAGGUCAACGAGUUAUCUCUGCUACUGUCUGCAUUUAACAGCUGCCUGGAUCCAGUCAUGUACUUUCUGCUGUGUGGCUCAGUGCGCAAAGCGGUACUGAAGAUGCUGUGCAAAAACUCCUGCCUGAAGACUUCUGGUGGCUUCAGCAGCUCCAGCUAUGAAAAGGGAAGAAACCAAAGGGAGCAGCCUACACAAAGCGACACCAGCACGCUGUAACGAAAGACUGCCAUUCAUACCAAUCAUCCGAACACAUGACUGACCUGGACAAUGGCUAUUCCACUCUAGUUCUUUUAUUAACCAGCAGCUCUGAAAUGUGUUAUUGUUAUACUAAAUGAGCAUUAUCUUUCAAAGUACAUGAAAAAUUGCAAAAGAAGAAUGUGUACGACUGACCACAUAAACAAUGUUUCCAAUAUUUGUUUUAAUUGGUUUCGUGGAUCCUCCCUGAUUUUACAACCCCGUGUUUCUCUCUGACUGAAGUUAGAAGAAAAAAACAGCCAACCAACUAACUUUACUGUUUUGAACCGAAACACUCAAACAACAUCUUUGAAGAAAAUUGCUCCCCCGCCCCAGUACAAUUCACUAUGACCAAACACAGCAGCUGAAAAUAGAACAUAAAUAAGGGUUACAAAUAGGGCACCGUUCACUGACAGAAUAAUACGAUUGUGGAGGACAUAAACACUCAGAGUUUAGUGUGAUAAAAGCAACAUGUGAACUAAUCAAAGGAUGAGCUCAGAGAUGUAUCAGCCUUGUUCUUCUCAUAAAACAUCCGUGCAUAAGCCAAUAAACCGAACGCAAAUGCUGCAUCAGAAGGCAAGAGGAAACCAGCAAGGAAACAAAGCCAGUACUGUAGAUCAGCCCUUGGUAAAGCAACAAAAUGCACUAGAAUCAACCGGACAGUCUGGAAUAAAAGUUUCCUGGUGCCUGAAGACUACCACUUCACUGUUCUGCCUUGGCGUUAUCUCCUUCUGGCUAUCCUGGGCUUCCUGACCAAUAGAUUGGCUGCACUGGACCACUGGAGGACCAAGAAGACACCCACAG